ACGCAAAACGAACCAAAGUUGUGCAAAAAGCCGUGACCACAAAAGUUGUGCGAAAAGCCUCAUCGCCCGAGCUUCGUUUUCAACUCUCAGAUCACAAUAAUCAUCCUCUUCCUCCAUUCUCCCGUUACAGUUUCUCUCACUCCACAUUCCCUCAAGAAUCGAGUUCCCACUCGCUGGAUCCUCAGUGCUUCAGGCCUUCAAUCGCGGUGAUGGCGGGAGCGCAGCCGGCGGUUAAGGUCGUCGCGCUCUGUGGUUCUCUUCGCAAAAAUUCCACCAACAGAGGCUUGAUUCGUGCUGCGAUUGAGAUUGCCAAGGAAUCGAUCGAUGGAAUGGAAAUCGAAUAUGUAGAUAUCUCGCCGUUGCCUAUGCUAAACACUGAUUUGGAGGUUGAUGGAACGUAUCCACCGGCUGUCGAGGCGUUUCGUCGGAAGAUUCUGGAAGCAGAGAGUGUUCUCUUUGCUUCGCCGGAAUAUAAUUACUCCGUCACCGCACCACUGAAGAAUGCACUAGACUGGGCAUCAAGGCCACCAAAUGUAUGGGGAAACAAAGCAGCAGCAAUCGUGAGCUCAAGUGGGGGCUCCCGCGGAGCAAGAUCACAGUACCAUCUUCGCCAAAUUGGAGUGUUUCUUGACCUUCAUUUCAUAAACAAGCCCGAGUUUUUCUUGAACGCAUAUCAGCCGCCGCCCAAGUUCGAUAGCCAUGGCGACUUGAUCGACCGUGAAGUUCGAGAGAAGUUGAAGGCUGUUCUUCUUGCUUUGCAUGCAUUUUCCUUGAGACUACGAGGAACCUCCGUUGUAAAUUGAAGAUCUUAUCUUUAUUCACGAAAGAUUUGUGUGUGAUGAUAUUGUUCCUAGGUGUGAGCAAUAGAGUACCAUUCGGAUUGACACGCUCCCAAUUAGAUACAUAUUGUUGUAAGAUCUUAAGACUAUCGUUCACUAGAGCUCUACCUGGUGCCAAUGUGAAUAAGAUCUCCACUA